CACGUGACUAGACAACAUGGCCGCCUCCUGAGGACUUCCAGAACGAGGAGACCGCUUGUUUAUUUAUAUUUAUCAAGUCCAUUCGGCAAUUGAACGACAUCUUAAAUCCUACUUGAGGGUUGAUCGUGUUAACGGGUUGGCUCACCGUACAUAGCCGUUACUGUUUUGUAUAAAAUGAAGCUUCGUGUCCAACUGCAAUGUAAAAAUCUACAUGAAUACCUGAAAGAGUUGAGUCCAGAGAUACUGGACAAACUGUACAACCACCCGGCAACAUGUUUAGCAGUGUACAGGGAGCUGCCUGCAUUGGCGAAGAAUUAUGUGAUGCGAAUGCUUUUCCUAGAUCACCCUCUUCCCCAGGCAGCACUGGCUCUGUGGGUGAAGAAAGACAGUCAAAAAUAUCAUGACGAAUGUGUCUCAGUGCUGACCAGUCUAAGACUGUGGCACACACAGCAGCUACAGGGCGGUCUUCAAGGCAACAUCUUAAACCCCAUCUUCAAAGACAAUCUCAGGAUUGCCCUUCUUGGGGGGGGCAAAGCGUGGUCGGACGAGGGGAGCAGCAUCGGACCCGACCGCCAUGCCCGGGAUGUGGGCAGCCUGGACCGCUACGCGAUGGAGCGCUGGGAGGUGAUCCUGCACUUCAUGGUGGGCUCCCCCAACGCUGCCGUCAGCCAGGACCUAGCGCAGCUGCUCUCACAAGCUGGCCUCAUGAGAAGUGACCCAGGGGAGGCGCCCUGCAUCACCUCCGCUGGGUUCCAGUUCCUCCUUCUGGACACAUCCAGUCAGCUGUGGUACUUCACCCUCCAGUACCUCAACACUGCACAGACUCGGGGCAUGGACCUGGUGGAGAUUCUGUCCUUCUUGUUCCAGCUCAGCUUCUCCACCCUGGGCAGAGAUUACUCCGUGGAGGGCAUGAGCGAAUCCCUGCUCACGUUCCUUCAGCACCUGAGGGAGUUCGGUCUGGUGUUCCAGAGGAAGAGGAAGUCCAGGAGGUAUUACCCCACCAGGCUGGCCAUCACGCUGGCCGCAGGCAUCACCAGCAAGCCUUCCUCUUCCUCCAAUCCCAUGGAUGUGGCCCCUGGCACCGUGGACACCAGCUUCAUCGUGGUAGAAACCAACUACCGCAUAUAUGCCUACACAAGCUCUGAGCUCCAGAUAGCUCUGGUAGCGCUGUUCAGUGAGAUGCUGUACCGCUUCCCCAACGUGGUGGUGGGCACGGUCACCAGGGAGUCGGUGCAGCAGGCCAUCGCCAACGGGAUCACCGCACAGCAGAUCAUCCACUUCCUGAGGACCCGGGCACACCCCGUCAUGCUGAAGGAGACUCCGGUGGUGCCCUCCACCAUCACGGAUCAGAUCAGACUGUGGGAGCUGGAGAGGGAUCGAUUACAGUUCACAGAGGGAGUGCUCUACAACCAGUUCCUCUCCCAGGCAGACUUCGAGGUGUUGAGAGACCGGGCUCAGGGUCUUGGCUGUUUGGUGUGGCAGAAUGUUCCGCACAGAGUGAUGGUGGUUACACAACAAGGACACAGUGAAGUCAAGAAGUUCUGGAAGAGACAAAAAUCGAGCACUUAAAUUAAAUGCGGAUAAUUAUGGAAAUGAGCAGUGAUGUCUGAAUAUUCACUGUAUAUAUUUAAUUGUUUCAUUUUUUCUAAAGGAAAGUCAUGUGGACUCAGAUGGUUUAUUGCCUCCAUGGAUGUAGCAGACUUGUGCUACCCAUUAUCAAUUUUGAAUUAAAUUUUUAUAUGA